UUUGUGUGUGUGUGUCGUGUGCUCCAACAGCAGCAUUUUGUGUGUGUGUGUGAAUAAAAAGAUUGAAGACAUUCGAUUUCAACCGGCUAGAUAAUUGAAGAAUUUAUUUUUUUUUUUUUUUAAAUUUUAAUCUUUCAUCAUCAUCAUCCAUUUCAUCAUUAUUAUUUUUUUUUUUAUCAAAUUUUGAUUUGAUUUGAAUUUCUCAUAAACAUUCACACAUUCGAAUAUUCUAGAUCCAGCUUAAAAUUGAAACGAUAAGAAAAUAAAAAUGCAAGGCCAACCACAAGAGCCAGAUAUGCCAUCAUUCAAGUGUUUACUUGUUGGCGAUGGUGGUACCGGAAAAACAACAUUUGUCAAACGACAUUUGACUGGUGAAUUUGAAAAGAAAUAUGUUGCUACAUUGGGUGUUGAAGUGCAUCCAUUAUUAUUCCAUACUAAUCGUGGUCCAAUCAAGUUUAAUGUUUGGGAUACAGCUGGUCAAGAAAAAUUUGGUGGUCUUCGUGAUGGUUAUUACAUUAAAGGUGAAUGCGCUAUAAUCAUGUUUGAUGUUGCAUCACGUGUUACAUAUAAAAAUGUUCCAAAUUGGCAUCGUGAUCUUGUACGUGUAUGUGAAAAUAUUCCAAUUGUUUUAUGUGGUAACAAAGUGGAUAUAAAAGAUCGUAAAGUCAAGGCAAAAUCUAUAGUAUUUCAUCGUAAAAAGAAUUUGCAGUACUAUGACAUUUCAGCUAAAUCAAAUUAUAAUUUUGAAAAACCAUUCUUAUGGCUGGCAAGAAAAUUAGUUGGUGAUCCAAAUCUAGAAUUUGUUGCUAUGCCUGCAUUGGCACCACCUGAAGUACGAAUGGAUGAAGAAUGGCAACGUAAAUUGGAAGAUGAUAUGCUCAAAGCACAGAAUACUGCUUUACCAGAUGAUGAUGAUGAAGAUUUGUAAAAAAAAAUCUCAAAUCACACACAAACAUACACCUAUUAU